UCUGAUCCGACCGCUCAAUUUACCUCACAUCAACUUUCGCCCCGCAGAGCAAAAAUUCUACUAGCCUCUCAUCCAGACCAUCAUGAAAGUCGCCUUCGUGCAUCUUGACUUGGGUAUCGGCGGCGCAGAGCAGCUCAUCGUCCACGCCGCCCGGGGUUUGAAGCGCAAGGGCCACGACGUCGUGAUUUACACCUCGUUCUUCGAUCCAAACCGGUGUCUGUCGGGGUUGACAAACUCCCCUAAGGAAGCGCGAGACAACAAGGAUGUGGUCCUCGUUUUGGUGCACGGGGACUGGCUGCCACGAACCAUCUAUGGUGUCUGCACGCUGCUCUGCAGCGUGCUACGCAUGUUGUGGCUGUGCUUCUGCGUACCCACGGGGAUCUUCGACGUGCUGGUCAACGACCAAGUGGCAAACAUCAACCCGUGGCUGCGAAAACGAACCGCCGGAAAACUUCUCUUCUACUGCCACUUCCCGGACCUGCUCCUCUGCGUCGAGCGGUCGAGUUAUCUCAAACGGGCCUAUCGAGCGGUGUUCGAUCGCUGGGAGCGGGAGACCACGGCGGCGUGCGACAUUCUCUGCGUGAACAGCGAGUUCACGAAAAAAACCUUGCAGCAGACCUUUCCGGCGGAGUUCGCGCAGAUAGAAACACACGUCUUGUACCCGCCUGUGGAUUUAGCCGAGGUGGACCAACACAGAGCGGCAGUGACAACUGCAGGCGUUGACAAAGCAAAUCCGAGCCCUAAUCGGUUGUCAAAGCACAACUUCUUCGUCUCCCUAAACCGCUACGAGCGGAAAAAGGAAGUGGAGCUCGCGCUGGACGCCUUUUGCAUUCUGCGCAAAAAGUUUCCGAAGGAGGCGGAAGACAAGGUCCUCGUCGUUGCGGGGGGUUACGACGUCCGGGUACCUGAAAAUGUGGAGUACGAACGGGAGCUGCAGGUGCGGGCGGAGGAGCUGGGUAUUCAGAGAUCGGUAAUCUUCCUCCGCAGUGUGCCCACGGACUGUCGGUGGUGGCUCCUGGAGAACGCGCUGGCGCUGAUCUACACUCCGAAAAACGAGCAUUUCGGCAUCGUGCCGAUCGAGGCCAUGGCGCUCGGGACAUUUGUAAUCGCGAGCAACACCGGGGGGCCGCGGGAGUCGGUCGCAGACGUGGGCGGGCAGUUGGUGGAGCACCACGCACCCGGGUUUUUCGAGGGGAUGCGGCGCGCGCUGUUUCUCACUGGCGCGGAGCGGGUGGAGGUCGGGAAGAAGACGGUAGCGCGGGUGGAAGAGAAGUUUUCGUUGACGUCAUUUACGUCGAAGUUGGACGAAUUGAUAGCGCUUGAAACCAGAUCUUCCGUUGCGAAGCGGAAGAAGGAAAAUUAACGAAGCGACAGAAUGCAUUGAACUUGACCUGGCAAAUAUGCUGUUUGGGAAUAAAGAAUUAUCAACGGUCUAC